AUGGCCAGAUAUACUGAAGACGAGCUUUUGCAAUUGAAACCAGAGGGUGAUGUCCCUGUGAACUUCGACAUCGAGUCUUUCAAGGCCGUGAUUGACAAGGUUAAAGAAAUUCAAGGUCUUCAAGAAGAAGAAUUCCAGCAAUUCCACCGUAGAAGAUCGUCACACCACCAUGGCAAGCCCAAAAUUAAGCAUACCAAACCUAAGAUUACCACGGAUUCUGAAGGCUGGUCCACGUUUGACAACCUUGCCAGGAGAAAAUCUGUCAACACUUCAGGGACGCUGAACGGCAGUGAUGAAGACCUAGCCGUCAAGGAGCCCGUUGUGAUUGCCCAAGAGACUCUUAAAGUCAAGCCCAACAAAAACAUUUCGUCCACCAAGCCGGCAGACUCGCGCGACAUCGUCGCCGACAAAGCGACCAACAAUUUCAAUGCUUUUGCGGCGCUCGAAAGCGACGACGAUGAAGAGUAA